GGCACAUGACGUAGAGUAAGUUCCUGCUGUGGCUUGAGGGAAACAGAUCGACAUUCAGCCACGGGAGAAUCGCACUUUGCGGCCUGAGGAAGCCCCCUCCCUGAGUGAUGGCCUCACCAGUCUCCGUCUACAACUCCAACGCCUUGGACAGUCACAUCUCCAGUACCUCCAGAGAGUCUCUGAAGAUGGAGUUGUUAGCUGAUGUGACCCUGUUGCCAGGAGAGGACAGAAUAAUAGAUAAAGAUAUCAUCUACGUCUGUCCGUUCAAUGGAGCUGUGAAAGGCAAAGUGUUGAUCACCAACUACAGACUCCACUUCAAGAGCUCAGAUGCUGAUGUGGCGGUGACGCUGGACGUGCCUCUGGGUGCCAUCAGUCGGGUGGAGAAGAUGGGUGGGGCGUCAAGCAGAGGAGAAAACUCCUACGGCCUGGAUAUCACCUGCAAGGACAUGAGGAACUUGAGGUUUGCCUUGAAGCAGGAGGGUCACAGCAGACGAGAUAUCUUCGAGCUCCUCUUCAGACAUGCAUUUCCUCUCUCACACAGUCUGCCUCUCUUUGCAUAUGUGACUCAGGAGAAGUAUGAAGAGAACGGCUGGAACAUGUACAAACCCAUAGAAGAGUUCAGACGGCAGGGCUUACCUAACAACAAGUGGCGCAUUACAUUCAUCAAUAAGAACUAUGAGCUGUGUGACACCUACCCCACUGUGUUGGCCGUACCCUUUAAAUGUAAAGAGGAGGAUCUGAGAAGAGUGGCUGCCUUCAGGUCAAGAGCACGCAUACCAGUUCUAUCAUGGAUCCACAGGGAGAACCAGGCAGUAAUCGUCCGCUGCAGUCAGCCUCUGGUCGGUAUGUCUGGUAAAAGGAACAAAGACGACGAACGCUACCUUGACAUGAUCAGGGAGGCAAACGACACCACCAAGCUCACCAUCUAUGAUGCUCGGCCCAGCGUCAACGCCGUGGCCAACAAGGCCACAGGAGGAGGAUACGAAGGUGAUGAGUACCAAAAUGCAGAGCUCGUCUUCCUGGACAUCCAGAAUAUCCACGUCAUGAGGGAAUCCCUGAAGAAACUCAAAGACAUUGUCUAUCCCAACGUGGAAGAAUCCCAUUGGUUGUCCAGCCUAGAGUCUACACACUGGCUAGAACAUGUUAAGCUGGUGUUGUCAGGAGCCAUCCAGGUAGCAGACAAGGUUUCCAGUGGAAAUUCAGUGGUGGUUCACUGCAGUGACGGCUGGGACAGAACUGCUCAGCUCACCUCUCUGGCCAUGCUGAUGCUGGACAGUCACUACCGCACUCUCAGAGGAUUCCAGGUGCUAAUUGAGAAGGAAUGGAUCAGCUUUGGGCACAAGUUUGCCUCAAGGAUAGGUCACGGUGACAAGAACCACGCAGAUCAGGACAGAUCACCCAUCUUUGUUCAGUUCAUUGACUGUGUAUGGCAGAUGACUAAACAGUUCCCCACAGCCUUUGAGUUUAAUGAGCGCCUCCUGCUGACAAUCCUGGAUCAUCUCUACAGCUGUCGCUUCGGGACUUUCCUCUACAACUGUGAGAGUGCACGAGACCAGCACGAGGUGAGGAUGAAGACAGUGUCUCUGUGGUCUUUGGUCAACAGUAAGAUGGACAUUUAUUUAAACCCUUUCUACACCCCGGAGUCCGGCAGGGUUCUCUACCCUGUCGCCAGCAUGCGCCACCUAGAGCUCUGGGUAACAUACUAUAUCCGCUGGAACCCACGCAUACGACAGCAGCAGCAGAGUCCAGUGGAGCAGCGCUACAAGGAGCUGUUGGCCCUCAGAGACGAAUACUUGAAGAAGCUGGAGGAGCUGCAGCUGUCUGACUCCGCCCCUUCCUCCCGUCUGGCUAACAGUUCCACCCCCAACACCUCCUCCUCCACCUCUCCCACACCAUCACAGCAAUACACACACCUACAAACUCCCUUCUGAGGGCUGGUGAUACAUACACACACACACACACACACACACACACACACACACACACACACACAUACACAUACACAGUCUCAGAUAUACUUGUUGACUUGCACUUAUGUCCUCAACACUCUGAUUUCUGUCAGUCUCACACGCAGGGAAUUAAUUAGUAUUGUGCAGUCCUAACUGUGGAUAACAAAUAAUUCUAAUAAGAGUUAGAUUUGAUGGUUAACUCCUAACACCAUAGUGGUGAUGAUGGUGAUUAUGCAAUAUGUCACAGUACAGCCUUGUCACAAGACUUUUCUAUAUACACACUCAUCAUACAGUGAAGCCUUAAAGACAUUUAGUGGCUUUUAGUCCAAGGGCUUGAACACACAGGACACACAGCGGAUGUGUAUCGGCGUUCACAGUGAUUUUACAGGAAUACAGCAGGAAAACACACUUUUGGUGGUUAUUUUUCAAUCAGAUCACCACAGAAGCACAUACAGAACAUAUACUAUAGAUUCAGUGAUAACCCUUGUGCCGCUGAGAAAGGUUAUUCUUCACGUUGGGAAUAGUAGUUUGACAAAAUAAUUGUAACUCAAGGUCUCAUAGUUGAAAGCUCCAGAUAAUGUUAGUUUAUUUACAAUUAUUUUGUCAAAUGUAUAGUUGUUGUCCAUUAAAAGAACACUACAACAUUUUGACUGAUGCUAAUUUCAUCUCUGUGCUUCCAGUUCAAAGAGAUGUCCAGGGUGUAGUUAGCCUUUGCUAGCUUUAACCGACCUUCUACAAUGGGGGAAGGGUUAGCUUAGCUCUGUCAAAAGGAAGUAGAUCCCUAUGCAGUUAGCUACAGUAGCUCAUCCAGGGGGCUAGUUUCUGUGCCUAUGUUCAGUCAGACUCAGAGGCAAACAAUUAUUUUUUUUUGGAAAGCUUUAUAAGGUUAGUGCUGCUUGCCCUGAAGGAUGAUGUCAGCAUGAUGCUGUAGAGAAGCAAAAUACAGUGAAUUAUGACAAUAAGGGUCAGGUUAUGCUCGAUCAGAACUAGUUUGUACAACAUGGGAUCAAAAGUGUUCCAAACAGCUACACUCAAAAGUGGAGUGAAAGUCGGCCAUCAUAGAGAGGUGGGAGACAUGAUAUUGUUUAAGUAACAUUGCAUAUGUCCAGAUAGUCUCUCCUGGAAGACAGUCUUAGUGUUGCACUCAGUUGUUCACAUAAAAAGUGACUGAAAUAAUUGUGUCAACAAUGAAAAAAGGGAUCCAGAGAGACAAGUUCUUUUUUUUAACCUCCGCACCGCUGGCCAAUCAAGGUGUGAAGUGGGUGUGAACGUUGGAUCAUCAGUUCCGCACAGUUACAGAAAUGGUAGGAGCCCCCCACAGUACUUCUGAAGAAGCAUACUGGCAGCUUAAAACCCAGGUUGCUUGGUCAGACUUGUCCUCAGUCCAAUAAAUUUUACCUGCACUCAUCACUAAAACAGUAUGUGAUGUCACAGUGUAAAUUGUCAGGAUACAUCGGGCAGAGCAGUUAUUGUAAAAAAAAAAUAAAAAAUGGAGUGAUGAGAAAGAGCUAGAAUCAGUGACUCCUCCAUUUUCAAACACAAGGCACAUUGAGUCUUUGCUGUACAGUUAACAGUUAAUGAACAGUUGUUAGAUGACUUUUGACUCACAGCACUCUUUGUGCUAACCUAUGCUGGGCUGGACCUAUCUCUGCAGAUGAAACUGAUGUUGAUGUCCUUAUCUAACCCUCGGUCAUACUUCUCCCAAAAUGUCCUUAGUGUGUCCCUUAAUGCCCUUUAAUAUUUUUUUCAAGGUUAAAGAACAGGUUUAAAAGCUUUUAAAGAUCAGAAGCAUUCUGAAUAUUGAAUCAGUCACUAAUUUGUCACAAAUUAGCUUAAGCCAUUCUUGACUUUGGAAACUUACUAGCUUUUUCAGUGGCUUUCUGGAGCUUUCAACCGCAGACUUGAGCAAACUCCAUCCUCUAAUAAAGACCCUGUGUAGUUAAGAUUAUUUUGUCAAACUACAUAAGAAUAGAUGUUAAAAUUUGGAGAACUAAGGUUUGGCUGAAAUAUGCCAAGUCAUGAGUCAAGACAGUGGCAGAGAAAAAUCUUUAUGGAGACAAUAAAUGUCUCCAAAUCCACAAAAAGAUUGUUGUUUAAAACACAGCAGAUUUCACAUUUUGAUGUCAGAGCACCGCUAGAUGACGCAAAGAAUCUAUCUUUGUCAGUCCAGUCUGUGCCAAAGUCCCACUACACAACCGUUGGUGUCCUGUGUGAACAAAGUGUAAUGCUAAUCAAUAUGAACAACUCUCAACACUUUUCACACUUCUUCCUACUUGCUGCACUGCUGCUGAGUGUUGCCCUGUCCCACAAGGCAUUGAUCAGAACUGCUGCAGAGUUCACGCAGCACAGUUGGAGGCUGAGGACCCUCUACAGUGCAUGUCCCUGUUCAACUCCAGCUAAAUGUAUAUAUCAGGUGUGUCAGAUUUGGAUGGAUUGAUGUGGAAUUUGUUGCUUAUCACUUGAGGAUGAAAGCUAGAGCUGUCUCUGUUAAGUAUGUUUUCCCAAUGCUAUUAGCUAUGCUCAUCUAAGCAGUAUUUCCCAGCACUUCGUAAGCUACAGCACUGAUAGCAAAUGCAAUUCUAGCUAAUAAGUAGAGUUUGGUUAGAAUUAAUCAGUAAUUUACUUACUGAAUGCAGCUUUGAUACGGUUUGAUCUAAAUUUCAGGUGCUCAAGAUAGUAUAGGGAAAUGAAGUGGUGCUGGCCUCUGAUCCUGGAUCACCACUUUUACUUUUAUGUUCUCACGAAAUACAGACCCUGCAUGGAGAAGCCAGUCCAGGUCCAUGAAAGCCUUACCAUGCCAAGAUGUUUCUAACCAGCAGAUGGUUUUAGGGACAGUGAGCAGAAAUAAACCAAUUAGCUCUCACUCCCCCUAAAUACACUUUUUGUAAAUCAGAUAUUUCAUCCACCCUUACUGAAAAGUCCCAUGUGGAAACACAUUUGUGAUGUCAAAACACAUGUGCCUUUUGGACAGGGCUUAUUGGCUUUUUUAUGUUGUUUUUUCACAUUUCACCUGUGGGACAGUUUUUACAUCAAAUGGAAAAUUUUGAAUGUAGUGUUUUUUGUCUGUCUUCCAUUUACAUUUGCCAGUUAUCUGACUGGUUUAGAUAAUUGGUGGAACUUGUUUCCAACUUGUCUGGUUGUUUGACUGCUCAUGUCAUAUUGGGCCCCAAUAUAAAGCUGUGUAACAGAUUGGUUUUGUCCCCAGACCUCAGCAUUUAAAUCGAUGAUAUGUCAUCACAACUGAUAGGAAUGACGGGGAAAUUUUCAAAACCUGGGUGUAAAAAUCAGGGAAUUACCUUUUACUUCAUAUGGAAAGCAACUGUUGACAAAUACAUUGUCAUUUCCACAUAGGAAAUUCUAUGGAAGUACUUUUUCUGCCAGGAAAAGAAAAAAAAAAGAUUAAAUGUUAGGAAUGACAUGAACAUAAAUUUUUUUGGUACUUCAAUUAUGAGAUUCUAGGACAAAAUUAUUACUGAUUAUUGACAUUUUAAGUCAAACAGUAAGUCAAAUUAUUAUGAAAAUUUUGACCCCCUAAGAUGGCGCAUUUUACUUUUUUGGAGAUAGUACUUUUAAUUUGUGUAGUUUUUAUCUCAAACUUAUGCGAUAGUACUACCUCAUAAUUUUGACUUGGUAAACCAAGAUUUUGACUUCUUAUAAUUUAGGCUCACUGCCUUUAAAUUAUGACCUAUAUCUCAUAAUUUUGAUGUAAUGAAUGUGACCUAAAAACAAAACAAAAUGGCUCAAUGGGCUUCCAUAAAAUUCCCUGAUAUCAACACAUGAAAAUCGACCUGUCCAAAAAGCACAUGAUUUAUUAGUUGUCUCUUUGGGUUUUGGUGCUGUCAUGGAGCUGAUGUCUACAGAGCAGUGUACAGAGUCAAACUCAGGACUUCACAUGGACAACAGUGUGGAUCAAAAAGGAAUGUCUGAAACAGGGACACAAAUAUUUCUCUAUGAUGACAAUGCCAUUAGGAUUUUGAGAAAUAGCUUGAUGAGAGGAUUUUGCUGCUAAGAGCUCCCAUUCUGGUUAGUUUGAAAAAUAUUUGCACAAAGUCAAACAAAAAAAUAAUGGCCAGCAUGUUGGUAAAAUGUCUAUUACAAAUGUAUGUACUGUAUCAUGCAGUCUGUCAAGGUGUUGACAGGACUGUUUAUUACAAUCAGUCUUGAGUUUAAGUUCUCUGCCACCAUCACCCCAUUUGUUCAGUCAGUCUAAUGAGAAAUGUCCAGUCUGAUCUGUCAGAGAGACACCCCUUAUUGAUUUGUUACCUUGGCCAUACCAGCUGUGGCAUCCAUCACUGAAAAACUAGAAUUUUAAAAAAAAGAAAACUUGUAAAAGGAGCUCCAGACCUGGUCAUGGUAGCAGUCUACCUUUAACACUGCAACAGUGCUGUGCUGCGGCUCCAUAUCCAAUAUGGAACAGAAUAUUCUGUUCAAACUAAUACAGGGUAGAUACACCUGAACGUCUACAUGGACCACCACUGUAGAUCGCGUAUGUCUGACACUUUAUUUGUUAUAUUUUAUUAACACCUCCUUCACAAAUGAAUAUUGUGUUACAAUACUCCAGAAUUUUUUUCCUUUUUAAAGGCUAAUUUUGAUAGAGUUUCUAUUGUUUGUGGACUGAUGGAUACCAGUUCAAAUUUUCUUAAGUUUAUUUGGACUCUGCGAUGACUCUUUGAGACUGGAUUUGAUUUGUUAUUGUGCUUGAUAAAGUAGUAAAGAGGGAGGAGCUGCUGGUUCCAAAAGUAUUUUUCCUCACUUGAAAUGACUAGCUGAAAUAUUUCUUGUAAUGUAAGUGUAAGUGGCUUAACUUUACAACAUGAAAACUUGAGUGUCCUGAAUGAUUCACAAUAAUGUAACACAAUACUAUAGGUCAGUGGCUCCCUACUUUUUUGGCUUGUGACCACUUCAAAAUAAGAAAUGUCUGCAUGUGUCCCCUCAUCACAGGUUAAGACAUUACUGUGGACAGUUGGGCAGAAUUCUGUCUUAGAUUGUUUUACUUGACGAAUUUUUAGUGUAAAGUAUACAAUAUUUCACAAGAAGAAGGCUAGAUAAGUCAGUCCUAACCCCGUACAAACCUACUGUAAUUGUUUGUAACAGUAAUAUUUUUUCUCUUCAUAUCCCAUUAAUCUUCUGGUGACCCCUCACAUUUAUCUUCAAACUCAUUCAUAUUGUUUAUUGUAUUGUAUUGUAUUGAUGAUUCAACCAAGAGGGUUUCAUGCCCAUCCAAGCAUUGAGGUGCUCCAACCAGUCAACUAACAUUGUCUAUGAGAAAAUGAACAGGACUUUUACUUCUGGAACCCUGGGUACCCAAAAUAUCUUCUCCCACUUCGCUGCUCUAUAGCAUCAUCAAAUCCCUCAAUAAAUUGCCUUUGUGGUCGAAGAGGAAUUUGAAAAGCCAGCUCAAACUCGCAACACAUUUUCCUUCACACAGUGUAUUCAACUUAUAGGGUUCUCACAAAUUUGGAAGCAAUGAUACAUGGAGAUGGUGUUUGUACAGUUUCAAUUGUGAAUGAGGUGUAAUAAGUACUUUUUCAAAGUGUGUCAGGUCAUGUCCAGAUUUGUGCCUUGAUUCUUCUAAGAAUCACCUUCACCUCUUCAAAGAGAUGUACUCUAAGCUGUCCUGGGUCAUGUUUGAGAUUGACCGUUUUGUGGUUCAGGGCUCCAAAGGAAGAACACCUUGUGUGCUCUGAUUUGGGAGGUUGCCAUGUUGUUGUUUAUUGGGUGUGUGACAGUUUGAAGUGGGAGGAAGUGGGCAGUAGAAUGGAAGAUGGGGCAGUUUACCAAGGUAUCUUUUCACGUGUUGAAUACAGGUUUGGGGUUUGAUAGUAUUUUAUCGGAUUGGAGUCUUGUAUCAAAUCUGUAUGGGUUCAGCUCUCAACAGUUAAGUAUUUAAAAUGAAUAACUAAAACUUCAAGAAUCACAUGAUAUUGUUUUUGCCAAAGAAGGCAGAAACACUACAGAUCUUAGUGUCAGUCUAAUUAAUGUUCACGGUCUGUAGCUACAACCUGACAAAGAGAUGAAGACAUAUGACAUUUUUUUGGACUAAAAAAGGCGAAGAUUCAAGCCUACUGGGUCUUCAUCAGGCAAAUGGCCAACAUGAGAAAGGGCAAGGCAUAAAUAGACACCAAAUUAGUGCAUCAUGCUGACAUCAUUAUAUUCACAAUUCAUGACAAGACUUGAUAUGUGAUCAAAUCAUUAUCAUCUGAAGGAAAUCACACAAAAAUUGCAGUUCCCACAAAAAACAUAUCUAAAAAAUGUCUUUUAUAAAUAAUUUGUUGUAAAAUAUACAACAAAAUAACAACUUAACUUUUUUUUCUUCCUAAAUAUGUGUUUGAUGUAUUGAAAUGUCAGGUGUAGCCUAGAGACUGUUCCAGAGAGCCCAGUUUUAUAUUGCCUUUUGGCUCGUUACUUACUUCAGCUGAUAUAACAAACAAAAUAUUAUUUAAACUGGCAAGAGUGGCCACAAAUGAAAAGUUUACCAAUAAAACAUUGGAAACAGAUCAGAAAUUCUAUUACGAAUGCAUUAGUCUCACAGCAUAGCAAAUCUGUAAUCGAUUCGUUAACCUGGACCAGAUCCAAAACAGAACCGGCUGUCAGAACCCAACCCCUGUCCUUGACCUGAUUCUACCCAACUAAACCUGACAGGUGCUGCCAAAUUAGCUUUAUUUAUGUCUGGAUGAUUUGUUGGUUUCAAAAUUAAUUUAAAAUUAAUCUCUUUGUUUCACUCCAGUGAUCUUUGAAUAGAUUUUAACUAUGCUGUUCUGGCUGUUUCUGUCUUUAUCAUUGGCAAUGUUUUGUCCUUCCAUUAUCCCACUGCUACUUGCUAAACAUGAUACGUAUGGAAAUUUCUUAGUAAAUUGCAUUUGAAAAUAAUCAAACCCAAUCCAAGCCCAAAGCUUUAAGCACUUACAUGGUGUGAACCCGACCCCAAACCCGAUAUUUUGUUGGGCCUGUUGGGUUCUGGUCAGGUAGCAGUUCUACUUCUGCUGUUUGUCAUGUGGUUAUUUAAACAAGGAUACAACCAAUCAGUAUUUCAUGAUUGGACAGGUCAGUCCAUCCCCCUCUAUUAAAAUGGCUGGAUAUUGGAAAGCCUUGCUAUUUCGCAUGUCAAAGCAAUUUGAACUCAAUCAAUUCUCGACAGGAAAUGAAUGUCUUGACUUUGUCAACUUUGUCAUUAAAAUGAAUGAGAGUAAAUUUCAGUGUGAUCAUACCUUUAAACUGUCCAGGUAUGUUGUCUGCUCCCUUUGAAGGUCCCUGAAUCACUUGCGAAUUUUCCUCAUGCUCAUUGAUUCUUUGAAACUCAGCACAGUUCUCAGUCAGUCUGAAAACUUUUACAGUAAGUUGGGAAAACAUUUGUGGUUAAAGGGCCACUCAAAGCAGAUAACUCCACACAGUAUCGACUUGUUAAAUCGUAAAUAUUGCGACAAAAUGUUGUAAUGUCUAGUUUCAACACGCUAAAAUGAGGCCUUGUUACAAAUAAAAUUUUAAUGAUGAUGAACAGUGAUACCAUGUUUAUACUGACACACAGUCUUAUCUUAGAUUGAACACUUCCAUAUAAUUGCAAUACCAAGGAAUCCCACAGUAGAUGUCGUCAAAGUUUUGUUUGCCCCAUCACUAGGGGCCACUAUAAAAAAAAAAAAAAAUCUGGGGGUUUACCUACAACAGAGGGUCAAGAUCAACUGCAAAUAUGUCAGAUCUCAAACAUGACUCUUCUUUGUCUUUGGAGGAUCAGAGCGUGUGGAUUAGAGGGUGCGACCUGGUUCCAGUGUUGAUCACAGAGUGGUGGAUUUACACACGUCCUACCAAAAUAGAUACUUUUAUGUCUGAUUUCGUUGACAUCGUCGAUGAGAGGUUUGAUCUCAAUAAGGAGGUUUGCGGGUAUAACAGCAGCAACAGGAAAUGAGUGACAGCAUCAUAAGGCGUGUGAGUUGGUCGCAUGGUUGUGUUUUUAGGGAAAAACAGAUGAAAAUCUAUUUUUUUUAUUUUUUACUUUGUACAAGCACCAUGAUGUAAUUACCUCAAUCAAAACCUAUUUUACUGUCUAAAGUUCUAUUGCUGUAAAAUACAAUUAUUUUAUGUAGUGUAAAAUCUUACAGUUUUAUAAAAAGGAAAGUAAUGUUGGUUCAGAAAUUGUUGGUAUAAAUUGUGGAUUUCUGCUCCAUUGGUUAAAAUCUUUUUGUUUUAUUUUUGAGGGCAUUUUUUUUUUUUUUUUGGUUUGUAUUCUAUCACUAACCCCAGGAUGAAAAGACAUAAGCUUCUGGAUACUGUUCACUUGUCACAAACCUUAACAUCUUACUCUGAGGUCUCAGUUCUUGUGGUGGAUCUUUAACUUUCUAGAUUCACUCUAGUGAAUUCUGGUAGAUUCACUCGCUGGCUCUGUGGUGAUGAAUCUGAGAAGUACUCUGUCCUUCAUUUCAAUUUGACUCUCUUUCAUUAAUGUAGGGAUUUGUAGUUUCAGGGGGAUUCGUGUCAUAAUAUAGCCUGCUUUUUUAUGAAUACAUGUGAAAUGUGUGUCAGGAUCUGUUUGGCAUGUAGAAGGGGAAUUAGCCAAAAGGUGAAAUCAUAAUACAUUUCAAAUGUAUUUCUUUUAAUCAUGUUAUAUCCUCUCCACAGUUUUGUUGGAUGGCUUUUGUUAUGUAAAUAAUACUGAUUAAAUUAAUUUAAGGAUUUCUGA